AUGGAGAACAUAGAUACCGACAAAGUACCUCGUUUAAAUAAACCCAGAGUCGUCUUGUAUCCUUCUGAACGUGUACAACUAGGUUGGCAAGAUGAAAAAAUGGCAGUUGGAUCUGGAUUAGUCAAUACUGGUGUGAUAUGUUACAUCAAUUCUACACUACAAAUGUCACGCGAAGGUGAGGAGCAUCUGGCGGGUCGGGACAGCCGGUGGCGGCCGAGCCGAGGCCACAUGCGGUCGAGUCUGGAGGACUUGGUGUGGCAGACCACCUCCCAACUCGACAUCUUGCGGCAGACCAGGGCGACGCUGAUCGGGCUGGGAGCAGAGUUCCCUCCGGACGCACCGCAGGGACUAUCGGUCCAGCAGAUCGGCGACGUAGACACGGCGGAGCUACGGGCCGAUCCUCGUCUGUGGGUGGCGUAUGAGCGCGGGUGGCGCGAGCACGCUAAGGCUGCACCGGCGAGUUCACCGGCACCGACGGACCGUCGGCCCAUACCGGGGCCAGUCCGCCACACACAGCGGACGGUCCGGAAGGCGACCACGGCGAAGCCACAACCGCGGCCGGCACGCGCAGCACAGGGAACAGCGCUGGCCAGUGAUGAAAAAUUAAUACAGACAACCUGCUUGUUCAUGUGUACACAAAUUAAUUGA